AAGCCGCCGGCGACCAGUUAGCCCGAUUAAUCCAAAACAUUUUUAAAGAAUUACAUGUUGGUGAAAAUCAGCCCGAGCAAGAGAUAGUUGAAAAAAGUUUUAAUUAUUUUCAUCCUAGUUGUGAAAUUGUUGCUGGAAAUUUAGAGGAAGAAUUUGUAAAAAGAACCAAAGGAUACCAAUUCACCAAAAGUUUGUAUAAUUAUGACACCUUUGAUAGUGGCAUUGAAUUUCAAUUUGCGAAGUUAAUUGACAAAACCCAAGAAGAAUUAACUACUACCGCUUCAUCAAAAUUUUUGGCUGAUUUUCAGCCUAGUCAGAAUGCUUUUGUAAUUGAAUUACUGACAAAAGAGGAAAAAAAACUGGUAGGCAAAGCAAUUUUGGACGAGUUUGCCUGUGGAGGCACGGGACUUCAUGCUGCCACCGGACCAAUUUUUAACCCCCGCAAUCUUUCUUAUAUAGUGGGCGGUUCCUCGUCGGGAGACUCCAUUCGUCGCCCUGCUGCCUAUUGUGGAAUAGUUGGCUUUAAGCCCUCUUAUGGCCUUAUUUCUCGUAGUGGAAUUAUCCCCAUGGCCUCCUCUUUGGAUACAGUAGGGAUUUUGGCCCGCAAAGUCCAAGACAUAAAGCCGGUUUUUUCCAUUAUUUCCCAACCCGAUCUGCACGACCUCUUAACAGUGGCAAAACGAAAAAAAAUCCUCUCUCGUCCCAGAAAUAAAAUUGCGGUGGUGGCCGGAAUAGAAAAAUACUUAUCAAGUGAACUAAACAAUCUUUAUCAUAAUACUAUCAAAAAACUGGAAAAGGCAGGAUACCCAAUUGAAAAAAUAACGAUACCGAAAAACAUACGAGAACAUUUACAAAUUACUUAUCUAAUUCUCUGUUCUAGUGAAUUAAUUAGUCAUCUCAAUUCUCUCCAAGGAAUAACUUACGGUCCUCAUGAAAAGAUUGCCAUUACUCACAAGCGAAGUAAAUACUUGGGAGAAAUGGUGAAACAACGGCUAUUAAUCGGGUCUUAUUUUUUAGAAAACCAAGAAUUAUUUGUCAAAGCCCAAAAAAUGCGUUAUUUAGUAGAUAA